CGGACGACUACCCCGUACGCCGCCACUUUACUGAACCUGCUCCACAUAUGGAGCACUUGACUCUGAAGCCGCUAACUGGGGAAGAGUUAGCGGCUUAUGAUUACUUUGAUUCGGUCGAUUACGAUAUCACUUAUGAGGAUGGGAGAGUUGUUAAGUCUAAAGAGCCUUCAACCUGGCUUCCCCAUACGAGGUACAUCUUGGGGGACAAGCCCUUGUCGGCUCUCUUAUUGUCUCCUGCCCAUGAGAAUGGUCUUGGCUGCCUUGAUCUUGACAUUCUUGGCGUCGACGACGACUAUAAACCACUAACACAUUUACCUGCUCCUCCUCCUUCCGACUAUCUGACAAUGCACAGCGCUACCAAUGGUCGCCGAGGAGGGAACCGUCAUGGCCCCCAAACCGCUCCAAGAAGGGGUCGCGGUGCGUCUACCAGCACUCGCGUCCCUGUGGUUGCGGCCACCUCUGCUGCCAACUCACCUACCGUCCCCCUGAGGUCCUCCACCACCAGGACCGUCACCAGGGGUGGCAACUUGAAUAGGAGGCGCUCCCGGGAACAAGCUGCUGAAGACUCUGCCGCCAACAAGAGGCAGGCAGUAGAGGGCCCAUCUGCUAAUGAAGUUCUUGUAGAGGACUUGGAUCCCUCUGCUGAGGAAGCACGAGAUGAGGGCGCCACUGCCCUGGCGUCGGCACAGCUGUGGGUGGUUCUCUGGUAUCCCAGAACACUUCUUCUAUUAAGGAGAAGUUAAGGGAGCUGAUUGCCACUCCUAGCUUCCUCUCUAACCUUUCUCCUGGGAUCUUCUAUAGAUUCCGGGAAUGGAUUGAGAAGAAAGAAGUGCCCUUGAGCGACUCCGUGGCGGCUGCCUUCGCUCCUCAGACUGUGACUGCUGGUAAGAUCUAUCAGCCUAAUUGGGACGUCAGGGAGGAUGAGUCCUUAUAUUCUGACAUCCCUGAAAACGGUGGCAUCCUUGCCUAUCGUAUUCUUAAGGGUAUGCAGUUACCCUUGGACCGUCCUUCAGGCUCCCUGAAGACUCCGGCAGCUAGGUUGGCUCACGACCAGCUAGUGGUAUGAUUUUUUUUUUUUUUUUUUAUUAUUUUUUUUUUUAUGACGUCCUUUGUUUGCUUUCGUAGGCCAAUAAUGCUGCUAUUGAGCUGAUAGAGCAGUACUUGGAGUAUCAGAGGCUGGCGGAUUCUUACAAGGCUUCGUUGGAGACUUGCCAAGAGUUACUUGGGGAGGCUGAAAAGAAGGUGGCGCCUCUGGAGGACGAAGUGGCGACCUUGAGGGACAGGGCGGCACUCCUGGAAGAGACUGAGGAGAACGUUAAGGCCCUGACAAAGGCUGUAGAGGCUGCUAACUUUGAGAAGGACAUUGCCGUCCUUGAGGCUUCUACAGCUGAGGCCCGGGGUGCCGCCAAGGCCGUUGCGGACUUCAAAGCCUCUGAUGAGUACGUGGCUGAGCUUCACAAGCGGUACGAUGGCGGCUGGGCGGCGGCUAUGAGGUGCGUCUGCAAAAGCGUCCUAGGUUUUGACUGGAACGUCAUUGAAGACGCUCAUGCUGCCGGCCAGCACCUGUCGCCUUUCGAGGGGGAUCCAAACUUCGCUGACGAGGAUGCUAUUGCAGAUGUGGAUCCUCGAGAGCC